AUGAGACUCCAAGCCCUGCAACCGCCAACAUGGCCUGUGCAUCUCUGUGCGGUCCUCGGUUUGUUUGUGCACAGGUCGGCCGCUGGCAUGAACUUUACCGGCAAAACUCUCACAGACAUAUUUUGGCAGCUUGAAUAUGUAAACACACCACCAAAUGGCAACCCGCUGCUGGGCGGACAAAACUUCACAACAUGUUGCCUGAAGGCCAUCAACGAAGCCAUUGAGAUCGACCCCAACGGCGAACUGCAAUUUGUCAGUCAGUUUGAAAACUGGAUCGUCUUCGACGAGGGCGACGAGCAGCCCUUGGACUUGCUGGUCAAUUAUUCGCUGCGCGGUCAGUUUCCCUGCACGGCCGUCUACAAUGGCGAUGCGCGUGGUGCACCCGUUGUCCAAGUCAACUACACCUGGCUCGCGGAGACCUGUCCGGGCUGGGAGAUUAGCAGUAAGGACAACUUGAAUGCCUGGCUGCAACCGCUGUCGGGCUUUCUCGUCCCGGCGGUCAUCUUUUGCCUGUCCGUGCCUCGCCGCCGCAAGCUGGAGGUGCCGCGCUUCCUCUUCUCGCCCGACCAGGGCGGCAUCAAGAGCUAUCUCCUCGCCCCCUUAGGCGCCACUCUCGCGCUGGUCAUGGUCUCACUCGACACGCUGGUCUGGCUGUGUAUCUGUUUCGGUUUUGCUGGGCCCAUGAUUCUGAGCGGAUUGUAUGAAGCCAUGCUCGACAACUCCGUGCUCGAGUACCUGCGGUUGAAAGUUGACGAAAGCCGCCUCACCCUCGACAUGCGGUGCCGCUGCCUCAUGGUGAUCCUCAUCGGCAACCUCGACCUUGUCUGGAACACAGAAGACCCGGACGGAAAUGGGGGCUAUGUCGACGGCGGGACCCAUGGUGGCAGCUACAUUAGCGAUGCCGCAGACGAUGGCGACGCAGAGGACGAGCACCUCCACUAUACUGGGCGUGGGAGUGCGGUUGGCAGUUUUGACGACCGUCCUCCACGUGGAAACUCGGCCGAGAUACCGUUGAUGCCUCUUCAUGGAAGCGGUGCCUACCAAUCCAUCCCAAGCGGCGAACAAUCAUCACCGUCACCUGCCGGCGCACCACUCUACGGACGGUACGACCAACCUGGGGUGCCCGUUCCAGAUGCGCCGUAUGCUCCGUACUCUUCUUCUUACCCGUAUCCACCAUACGCGUCUGGUCCAUCCGGCACCAAUGGCUCUCCAUCUCCCUCUGGUGCCUCCCUGUCACCAGGCCGUCCGGCCCCAGCACUUCCAGCUUCUUCGAAUGCACCCGCAGUUGCCAUUGCUCCGAUGCCGUCCGCGGUCCAGCAGGUCAAUCCCACAGAAAGUGCCGCUUCCCACAGCUCCGCUCUCCCUACAGGUCAGGGCAUUUGGCAACAACCAAACAAUAGUGGCAGCCAAAGUCGUCUGGAUGCCAACGGAGCUGACCAAAGCACAGCCAUUGGUGCAGCACAAGUCGUUGUACCACCGCCUCCGCCCCCAAUAUCGCGCACGGCGGAGAACGAAGACGUAUUACUUGCUGACGAGAGCCACGGAGGCUCUAUAAUUCCAGGUCUUUUUAUUUCACCAGCGUCGGCCGGCCCCGACCCUGGGCCCGUACCAGACUUUUCGGGCCAACAGCAGUAUCAAUAUCAACAGCCGCAGCACCAAUCGUACAUGGGUGCUGUGCCUGGCUUUCCUCCAGAUCAUGUCGGGCCAAACCAGCCUGUGGCCUAUGGCGUUCCGUCUGGUGCAGCGUCCCCUGGUGCCCCAUCAACACCAGUCCAACAUCUCUCUGCACCGGCACAAGGCACCGUCGGCACGCCGUUUGCCAGCUCGGGCUUUGUUGCCGCCGGUGUGGUUGCGGCAGGUGUCGGUGUCGGUGUCAGUCACGAUGCCAACCGCCGGCUGCUCGUGAAUCACCGAAACGGCGGUCCUCUCGCGUCACCAUGGCAGCACAUGGAGGAAUUCCUGUACUCUCUUCGCAUAUACAACGACGACUUCCCGACGCGCCAGCACUCACCGCGCCAGUAUGCCAAGCACAGUGACUGUCCAGACGGCAUCAACUGCCACAACGAUCUGCACAACGAGCCGCCGAUUCCCCGCACGGCCGAAACGGAGCGGCUGAUCCACCAAGUGAAAACACGGCUCAAAACCAUGUUGCACUGUCAAUACUCGUUUGGAUCGGUGAUUGGUGCCCCGGUUGUCUUCUUCCUUGGCGGCUUUAUUUUUGCCCUGCUCCAGAGCUUAGAUGCGCUGGGUGAUGAGGACAUUGCCGAGGGGCUGGCCUUUGGCCAAUGGUACAUGACGAUCCCGCACAUUGCCAUUAUUUCGGGUCUGUUGUUGGCGGGCAACAACCCCAACAUUCUGGAAGGCGUCCUGGCUGUUGAGCGCAAGUACCACCAGGACAACAUCACCAUUUUUGGUCUAACGUACGGACUGGCCUACCCGUCUUGCUACAAGGUCGCUUCGCUGUGGGACCGCGGCUACAACAAGAAGCAGUGGCUCAACACGCUCAUUGCUACCUACCUUAUGCGCUCCAAUGCCGUCUACAGUGGCAACGAAGACUAUGACAAGGACAUUGUUGAUCUGAAAAAGAAGACUACCCUCUCCCUGUCGGAUUGGUCGUUCCUCCUGGCCCUAACAUUGAUGCUGCUGGGACUUCCCUAUAUCCUCGCCUUCCUCACGGCCUACUUUACACCCGAAAUCGGGUUGUCGUGUCGAUCCCUCACCUUUACCAUCUACAUCCUUGUUCAAAUAUCACAAAUCAUCCUCUGGCUAUGGGCGUAUGCCGGACCCCUUUCUGUCUUCAACGUCGAAAAGCCGGGCUUUUUUUCCAUGGGUGGCUGGCUGGACAAGCGUGGUUUCUAUGAGCCCUAUUCGGUGCGUUGGCUGGUGGACCGCGGCCAGGUGGUGCCUCGGAACCCAUUCAAGCUGCUGCGUCUCGUGUGGAGCGAUCCGGGCCGACUCGUCAACUGGCGCUUCAUUUGGAACGCUGUAUAUUACACCAGCCAGUGGCUUUUGGGCUUUAUUGGCAUCACGGCAGCAAUCGGUGGCACUGCCAUGCAGCUUAUGGGCGUCUACUCGGCCGACAUUUGCUACGUCACGACGGCCUACUGGUUCGCACCGCUCGAGGAGAGGCCGGCGUCCAUCAUUUCCGUCAAUUCGGCCCUUAUGAUCCGGGAGUCUGAGCUCAUGUGGAAGCCAUGUGCCAUCACGGCCAUUGUUUUCAUGAGCGUCGUCAGUUUCGUCGGAUGGUGGUACCAGCGCCGGAUGCGUGACCUUUUCCAAGACCAGGUCCGCAGGAUCGACCAGAACGAGCGUCGUGAUACCCGCGCGUCCCGUCCCGACCGUGGCCGCGUCCGACCUCGUGUCACGUCCGGUGCGCCCCUGACAAUCCGAACAUUGACGCCAUCGAUCCCCUCGGCUAUGCCAGUCAGUGCACCCCGAGACAUGGCCGUUGCAUCGGCCGUGACAACCGGCUACGGCGGUUACGGCCAUUCGUAUGGGCCACUCCGCGCCCAGAAUAGUGUGGCCAUGAUGUCUGGUGCCCAGCCACCCCCCACCUCAGCGGUAAUGGCAGGAGCGCCAUCGGCAACAUCAUCUGCACAGGGCGGUGGAGUCCGGCCCAGAUCGACGGCAACAGGAUCCGGGACAAGAAGCAUGGGCGCUCGAACACCGUCUCCAGUUGGGCCCGGUAGUAUUGGUAACGUGCCGGACGGUGGCAGUAGUCAAUCCACGGCCACCCCAUCUGCCACAGAUUCCUUCUCUGGUCCCGCUGGGGCAUCUGGCCCAAAUAGCAGUCUUGAUGCUGCCGCGGCCGGUCCUUCACGGAGGACUCCCUACCGGAGAACACCCUCACCAAACGAGCCUCUGGCAGAGGCGGACGAGCCUCCUUUUUAA